AUCAAUAUAAGAUGGAAAACGAAGCGUAUCUAGAGCCUGGCUUCGACCCAACGUCAUUGAAGGUUGCUCAACUCCGCGGCGUGUUGUUAGCUCAUGAUAUCGACUACCCAUCCAGCGCUAAAAAGGCUGAUCUUGUAGGGUUGUUCAAGAAAGAGGUUCUUCCAAAGGCUGCAGCCUUAUUGGCUAAGCACAAGAGUGUCAAUGCCAGCGACCAAGGCAUUAUCAACUUUGACGGACGUAAGCCUAAGGAUUUGAUUGUGUCCGAUGCGUCGCCUAAAAGCAGCAAGAAGCCCAAAAGGCUCGCUAAACCGUCCAAACUUCCUACUGAUUUGGAUGCUGAGGUUGUGCCUUCUCGCACAAGAAGGUCAUUGACGUCUGUAUCCCAUUCACUGCCUGUUCAUGACAGUGACGGUGAUCUGGAUAUCCAGGAAGUAGUUAAGACAUCCCCAAAGAAGCCCACACAGACUGUUGGCACUGACGAAUCCGUUGAAGAUAUCCACAGCUCCGACAUCGAGGAGAUAUCUAAGCAGGACCCUGCCAAGCUAAAGUUUGCCACAUCUAAUAAAAGCAAGGCUGUCAAGACCAAAAAAGUGGGCAAGCCGGUUGCCACAAAAGUGGAGAAGAAAAAAAGAGAUACAAAGACCAAGGAAGCCGUAAACUUGAAGGAAUUGACUGCUCAUAUCAUGAAGGGGCGGGUGCUUGAUAUACCUAAACCAAAGGACGAGGAUACGAAGAGCCACUUCUCGUCAAACAACGUCUUCCAAUCAUCUUCAAAUACUUCCCCCGCCAAGACUCACUCUGCUGACACUUCUUUCGAAGCUGCUAUCGCCAAUGCGGUUCGUUCCCCAAAAAGGGUAACUGUAAAAGAUGCGCGACACAAGGACUCAAAUGCGGGGCCAAAAAGGAACCCCUCUCUUGAUACAGACUCUAAGAUCAAAAAAAAUUCAUCCGCCAUCUCAAAUAAGAAGUUGGUUUCGGCUGUUGAGUCUAACGCCAAGAAGGUGCUCCAGGCCAUAGAAACCAGUGCUAAAAAGCUGGUCGCCGUGGCUCCAACCAACCAAUCCAACCUUGUCCCUGUGACUCCGUCAUCUAAAAUUAGUACUCUGGUGAAGAAGGUUGCUAGUUCCGGUAAAAAGACGUCUGGGGUGAGAUCUCCCUCGGUGAAGACUACCCCACUCAAAUCCGCCUCCAAAAAGCUACCAGUGUCCGAGCGUGAAGUGUCCCACCAUGAUGUGGUGAGCUCUCCGACAAUCCGAGUUGUGCAUGCUGCCUUGCCAACGGUAGCUGACUUUAGCUCCCAGGAUUUUGCGGCGCAAUUGGGGGUCACUUUGCAAGGUACACCAAAGGAAAGUACCCCUGUGAAGAGAAAGGUCGUGAGGGCUCCGACACUAUCUGAGGUUACCGAUAACACCGACUACGAGAUCUUUGAGGUUUCUAAGCUCCUAUCCCAGCCUAGAAUACAAGACGAAGAGUUGUCUGAUGAAGAAGUGGAACUGGAUACAGAGGAGAACACUAAAGCUGAUAUCAAAGCCAAAGGUCAAAGACUUAGGGUUAGUGUGAAAGAAACUCCUGACCCAAAACCUACGUCGUUCUUGAAAAUCCUUAACUAUAUUCUUGUUUGGUUUUUGCUCUUGCUCGCCGGUGUCUAUGGCGCUUGGUACCGUGAUCAACGUAUCCUAGUGGGCUACUGUGGCGCUGAGAUCUACCAAAGAACGUUUGAGAAUCCUACCGGAAACCUUAUUUUGGAACAGCUUGAGUCGUUUUUAGACUCUAACAAGCCUCAGUGCAGGCCAUGUCCUUCCAAUGGCCGUUGCACCGUCAACUUCCAGCUUCAAUGCUACGACGAUUUUGUCGAGUCUUACCCAUGGUACUCAUUCAAUGGGUUAGUUCCGGUUGCGGGAAAGUGUGUGCCAGAUACCAAGAAGGCGGAAAGAAUUGACCGCAUCAUUGAUUUCUCCCUUCAGUUGUUGAGAGAACGCAAUGCCAACGCUGACUGUGGGGACUGCGAAGACGAUCUUGAUGCCGGAUUCACCACAGAAGCCUUGCGUGAUAUUGUAUACCAAUUGAAAGCUGACUACAUUUCUCCUGAGGACUUUGACGAUAUUUGGAACAGGGCUCUAUUCGAAUUGGAGAAGGAACCAGAAAUUAAAACUCGAUACCUCGGUGAUUACUCUCAACAAGGACCAAAAGAAACAUCUCUUGACGACGAGCCUUCUUCGGAAGAAAGCCAGAACAAGGUUCUUCGCACAACGUCCCUUGCCAACCUCUCGCUCCAAUGCAAAUUUAAAAGAGCGGUUGUCAACUCUUUGGCCAGAUAUCGACUUCCGUUAGGCAUCUUGGCCGCCGCUUUGUUGAUUGUCAAGGUGCUUCAGAAAAGACACGAAACCAAGAGGGUGGAGCAUGACAGAAUCCAAAAGCUAAACUCCCUCAUCUUGCAAAAAUUGCAAGCCCAAAGACACUUGGCCGUGAGUGACCGAAACGGCUUUACCAAGCCGUAUAUCGGCUCCAUUCAAUUGAGAGACUUGUUGUUGUCCGAAGAGAACUCCACCAAGAAGAUGAAAAUCUGGGAAUCUGUGUCUAGGAAGGUCGAGUACAACACAUGUAUCAGGUCCCAUAUGAUGGAAGUGCACGGUGAGAUUAUGAAGGUCUGGGAAUGGAUCGCCAACACCGAAUAGAAAUGCAAUUUUUUUUUCGCUUUCCUUUGUAAUAUAAUGUUAACUACGAUAAUGG